AUGGUGGAGCGUAGAGGGGACCUCUCCCUUCCAAUGCAACGUGACUGCCUCCUCCACUACUUCAAAUGCCUUUCCAUGGUUGAGCCACUCUUCACCUCUAUCUCUUCCGACGCCGAUCCCAUUUUCUUUGUCUGGUACGACGCCUUCAACCCUGACCAUCCGGAUGGGAAGGCCGCUGUUGUCUUCAACCUUGGAGCCAUCUACAGCCAGAUUGCUGCCUCUUGCGACCGUUCCACCGCCCUUGGCCGUCACCUUGCAACGGAAGCCUUUAAAGUUGCCGCCAAUUUCUUCUUCCAACUCUGCAAGGUUUUUACCAAGGACGUGGUCUCCGCCACCCUCGAUUUGACUCUCGUCUUCGCCGAGUUUCUGCACCACCUCUUCUUAGCUCAGGCUUCCGAGCUCGAAUUACAGCAACAGCUCAACAACAACGACGCCAGUUACGUUCUCCAACAACACCGAUGUGCCCGAUCGUUUAUGUCGGUUUAUAAGCUUUAUCAUAUAGCAGCUGAACUGAUAUAUACUGAUACGGAUGCAAGCAAACAUGUCCUCUCUUUUGACCGAACCUGGAUAACUCAUCUUUACCAGAAGGCAACAUUCUUUCAGGCGGAGGCUUGUCAGAGGAAAUCAUCCAUCCUACCCGAAUCCGAGCGACCUGCUGGAGUAUGGUCAUUGGUCCAAUCUUGUGCUCUUGAUCAUGAUACAGAAUGUGUCACUGAGAUAUUAGUUAGAGGGCUUUGCAGCCUCUCGAGGAAAUACCAAAACCAGUAUGUUGACCUCAUCCUCUCCGAGUACAAUCCUUUCAAGAUGAUGAAGGAUGGAAAGCUGGUGGCUUACCCAUGGGACAUGCCUCCUCCUUAUCCAACAGAUUCGGCAAUCCUCUCAUCUUCGUUGUCUUCUUCGUCGUCAGAUAUUCUUGCAUUCCUUCCUUUGAAGAAGAGCGAGUCCUUGAAUCUCUAUGAGUCCCUCCGCAAUUACUUUGUCCUCAAAUACUCUGAGAGUGUGGCAGAGAGAGUAGAAGGCCUUCUCGAAAUGCUACACAAAUUGCGCAAUGAGAUGCUGCGUGAUGACCUUUCGCUACCCCUUCGCCGUGACUGCCUCAUCCGUUAUUUCAAAUGCCUUUGCAUGAUUGUGCCUUUCUUUCCUAUGAAUGCCACACCCAACCCACCUAUCUUUGUUUGGUACAAUGCCAUCAACCCUCAACAGGACUCUUCUCAGCAUAACAUCCAUUUGGAGAAGGCCUCUGUUCUCUUCAACCUGGGAGCCCUAUGCACCCACAUUGCUCUCUCCUGCGAUCUCACCACCAUCCAAGGCCGUCGCCUUGCCAUGGACGCCUUAAAUGAUGCUUCAAGUUGGUUCUCUCUACUGUCCAUGUUUGAGUCUCGCAAGGCAUCUGGCACAAUUGACUUGUCAGAACACUACAUCCAUAUGAAAAAUUUUCAGUUGAAAUUGAAGUUUCGUGUUCCCCAACCAUCAUUAUCUGGAUAUCCUGCUUCAGCUUAUUAUCCGUUGACAUCUGGGCCUUUAGCUUAUGAUCCGUCGAGUGAUGUCACUGAACAAUUUCUUUUAGGGUAUUGGAAGGCUCACUCCCUGCUUCAAGCGGUAUGUGAAGCACCAUCAUGCUUGGACCUUCUCUCUGAGGUUAGCCCUGUCAAGAUUAAGGAUGGAAAUCUUGUGGCCAAUGCAACCUUAGAGGCACCAAAUUUGGCAUUGGAGAACAUGAGCUUGCAGGAGACACCACAACAGUAAUAUUACCGUAGAGAAAAACUAAACAAGCUUUAGGAAUGAUUAAAAAAUAAAAAAAUUACCAUCUUUUAAGCAAGAUGUGGAACUUUUUUUUCAAUUAGGAGUGAAA